ACAUAGCCAUUCUCAUUCAGGGCAAGCAGCCUCAACAGAUGCAAUACUCUAUGAAAUUGCUAAAGGACUUUAAUUAAACCCAUAAUACAAAAAUUUACAAAAAUACAAAAGAAUGCUUUAUCUAUACCUGGAGUCUUCAUAGACAUAAGAGAUGGGUAUUCUUGCUGUACUUGCUCUACCAUUGCUUCUCUUAGGGAUCAGUGGAAUUAUUUAUAUUUGCCAGUCAGUCAGGUGGCUAUUGUCCAAGUCAGCUGUGCAAAACAAGGUGGUGGUGAUCACGGAUGCCAUCUCUGGACUGGGCAAGGAAUGUUCUCGGGUGUUUCACACAGGAGGAGCAAGGCUUGUGUUGUGUGGAAGGACAUGGGAAAAGUUAGAAGCCUUGUAUGAUGCUUUAAUUAGUGUGGCAGAUCCCAGCAUGACAUAUGCACCAAAGCUCAUACUUCUGGAUAUCUCAGAUAUAAACUGCAUUCAAGAUGUAGCUAAGGAAAUUCUGAAUUGCUAUGGCUGUGUGGAUAUACUGAUCAACAAUGCAAGUAUGAAGGUGAAAGGAGCAGUACAGAGCAUUUCAUUGGAACUUGAUAAAAAGAUAAUGGAUGCCAACUAUUUUGGACCUAUAACAUUAACUAAAGCCAUUCUUCCCAACAUGAUCUCAAGAAGAACUGGCCAAAUUGUUCUAAUUAAUAGUAUCCAAGGAAAAAUAGGAAUCCCAUUUCGUGCAGCUUAUGCUGCUUCUAAGCAUGCUGCUGUAGGCUUUUUUGAUUGUCUUAGAGCUGAAAUGGAAGAAUUUGAUAUUUCUGUCAGCACUGUGAAUCCAACCUUCAUCUGUUCAUAUCAUCGCCAACCAGCACCUGGCAACUGGGAGGCAUCUAUUUGGAAAUUCUUUUUCAGAAAGGUGGCAUAUGGUGUGCACCCAGUGGAGGUGGCAGAGGAAGUCUUGCGCACAGUAAGCAGUAAGAAGCAGGAGGUACUUAUGGCCAAUCCUAUCCCCAGAACAGCAGUUUACAUUCGCACCUUCUUCCCUGAGCUGUUUUUUGCCAUUGUUGCUUCAGGAAUUAGGGAAAAGCUGAAGACAGAAAAGGAAAAUUGAUUUUGUUUGGUUCUUUUCCCUGUUUCCGACCUGAAAAAAGUUUAUGUUUCAAAUGUCAAUGAUUUCUGCUUCUCACUAUGGGUAGAAUAAAGCAGGAGGCUUUAUUAAACAUGAAUCAGCCA